UCAAAACGCGCGGCUGUCGCUUCUUGAAAACAUGUCGCCCAUGAAGCUGUGUGUUCCAGGUGAAAGGCUCUGCAGCACGGAGGACUGUAUCCCCGGCACCGGCACGUAUCUGCGGCACGGCUACAUCUUCGCGUCGCUCGCGGGAUACGUGCUGAGAAAGAACGAGGGAGAGGAGCUGCCGGUGAUUUCAGUCGUUAGGGAGACGGAAGCGCAGCUCUUGCCUGACGUCGGUGCCAUCGUCACCUGUAAGGUGACGAGUAUCAACCCACGAUUUGCUAAAGUCCACAUCUUAUAUGUGGGGUCGACGCCGCUGAAAGACAGGUUUAGAGGCACGAUCAGAAGAGAAGACGUGAGAGCGACGGAGAAAGAUAAGGUGGAGACGUACAAAAGCUUCAGGCCAGGCGACAUUGUCCUCGCAAAAGUGAUCUCUUUGGGCGACGUGCAGUCGAACUACCUGCUGACCACGGCAGAGAACGAGCUGGGCGUAGUCGUGGCCCACAGCGAGGCGGGCGCUCAAAUGGUGCCCAUCAGCUGGUGCGAGAUGCAGUGUCCACGCACGCACGCCAAAGAGUUUCGCAAGGUCGCGCGGGUACAGCCGGAGUACCUGCAGGCCUGAGCCACGCCCGCCGCCCGCUGACCACACCCACCGGAACACACAGCUUCAAAGACACGCCCCCUCGCGCGGGACUCUCGGCCCAGUAACCGUUAGGAAUUCAAUAUGGAUUGUCACAUUCCACACUGCCCGUGACGCACACUACUAAGUGAAUGCUGCGCGAGUAUCACGUCACCGUCACUGAACGUAGUUGCGUCGCGGAGCAGUAUUAUGGCGUUCCUGAUGCUCUGACGCACCCGUGACGUCACGUUUAGAUAUGGUGCAGUGCUUUCGGGAGCUCUGAAACACGUGGAAGGUCAUUUUGUCCACAGGCUUCCACUUUAAAUAGCCCUUUAAUGUUUAGAGCUUCUUUAAGCACUGUGUUGGAAUAAGUUAUGGGUGAAUAUGUGGCUACUUUUGGUCAUUACUAUAAAAAAAAAGGAAAUAAGCAAGUUAUUUCAACCAUAUAUAUAUAUAUAUUAUAUAUAUAUUGCAUUGUAUAAAUGGAGCCCACAGCUCUUUCCCAAGCAGAAAACUGGAAGCUGUAUUAUUGUCACAAACACAUUCACCGUAAGAUUUCUCGCAGUCUUUCACAGUGGGAUUUGAAGGUUGUAGAGUAACGUUUGUUUUCUGAAUCUUUUGAAGCGCGUGAACCGCAAAAAUAGCCACCAGAGACGAAUUCGCUUUUUUUUUUUUUUUUUUUUUACCUCUUGCUGCUUUUAUCCAGAAGAUCUGUAAACGUCUACUUCAUUCUGUCAUUUGCCUGUAAACUGUUUUGAGAGGUCACGUGUUUACAAGAGGAAGAAAAUAAAAAUUUUAACGUCACAAGACCA